GCCUCGUUCCCCGGCGCCCGCAGCCAGUCUGCGGGCCGAGCCGCCGCGAUGUGGGUCGUGUUGCCGCUGCUGUGCGCGGCCGCGGGGCUCCUGGGACCCCCGGCCUGCGGAGCUACCGACCUCUACGCGAGCUCCUUAGAGAAAGUUCACUUCAAGUCAUGGAUGGUGCAGCACCAAAAGAAAUACAGCUCAGAGGAAUACCACCACAGGCUGCAGACGUUUGUCGGCAACUGGAGGAAGAUAAAUGCCCACAACGCUGGGAACCACACAUUUAAAAUGGGGCUGAACCAGUUUUCGGACAUGAGCUUUGCUGAAAUAAAACGCAAGUAUCUUUGGUCGGAGCCUCAGAAUUGCUCAGCCACCAAAGGUAACUACCUUCGAGGGACUGGUCCCUACCCGCCCUUUGUGGACUGGAGGAAAAAAGGGAAGUUUGUGUCACCGGUGAAAAAUCAGGGCGGCUGCGGCAGCUGCUGGACCUUCUCCACCACGGGGGCCCUGGAGUCCGCCAUCGCCAUCAAAAGUGGGAAGCUGCUGUCUUUGGCAGAACAGCAGCUAGUGGACUGCGCCCAGAACUUCAACAAUCACGGCUGCCAAGGGGGCCUCCCCAGCCAGGCCUUCGAGUACAUCCGCUACAACAAGGGCAUCAUGGGUGAAGACAGCUACCCCUACAAGGGCCAGGACGGGGACUGCAAGUUCCAGCCCAGCAAGGCCAUCGCUUUCGUGAAGGAUGUGGCCAACAUCACCAUCAAUGACGAGGAGGCGAUGGUAGAAGCCGUGGCCCUGUACAACCCUGUGAGCUUCGCCUUCGAGGUCACCAGCGACUUCAUGAUGUACAGGAAAGGUGUCUACUCCAGCACUUAUUGUCAUAAAACUCCGGAUAAAGUCAACCACGCGGUCCUGGCUGUUGGGUACGGAGAACAGAAUGGGAUACCCUACUGGAUCGUGAAGAACUCUUGGGGUCCCUAUUGGGGGAUGAACGGGUACUUCCUCAUCGAGCGUGGGAAGAACAUGUGCGGCCUGGCAGCCUGCGCCUCCUACCCCAUCCCCCUGGUGUGAGUGGGGGUGCCACGGCGGCCCGCCGGCGAGCAAGGGCAGAGCGGGCCGGUGGUGGAAGGCCUGCUCUGCAGGAAGGGGGGCCCGCGGCCCCGUGCCGGGCCUGGAGGCCGUGAGAAAAUGAGGAAGAAGAGUCCUCCCCGCCCGCCCCGGAGCAACAGGCCUACCCGUGUUUUCCGAGGUGAAGGAGGCCACCAGCUGUGUGCCUUAAACAUGCCUUUAACUGACUCGAGAAUACUCUUUAUUUCCCACAGCACCCCGACUGUCUUUUCUGUGAUCUUUACCCAAUAAACAUGUGGUGAGCUCCUC